GCGGAGGCCGGAGCCGCAGCGGAGACCGGUUUCCCCGGGGCUAGGGUGGGUAGCGGUGGCGGACCGCGGCUCGGUAGCCUCUUCUCCUCUCCAAGGGGAGUUUCCAGGAAGUGGCCAUAUUGGAUCCAUUCAGCCGCAGCGACCCGAGUGGAGAGCGAGCCUUGGAGCCGGCUCCAAUUCCACGGUUCCCGUCUGGCCUCCCUUGAGUCAGUCCAUGGCGGCUCCCGACCUGGACCGCCGCUCGAAAGAAGAAAUGCGCCUCCUCGAUCUGGGGGGCCAUGUGGGUUUUGACAGUCUCCCAGACCAGCUGGUCAGUAAGUCCGUGUCUCAGGGCUUCAGCUUCAAUAUACUCUGUGUGGGGGAGACAGGCAUUGGAAAAUCUACACUAAUGAAUACACUCUUCAACACAAUCUUUGAGACAGAAGAGUCUGGACACUAUGAGGCCUGUGUACGCCUCCGGCCACGUACUUAUGACCUCCAAGAGAGCAAUGUGCACCUCAAGUUAACCAUUGUGGAUGCAGUUGGUUUUGGAGACCAGAUCAAUAAGGAUGAGAGUUACAGGCCUAUAGUUGACUACAUCGAUACGCAGUUUGAAAACUACUUGCAGGAGGAGCUGAAGAUUCAGCGUUCUCUGUUUGACUAUCAUGAUACAAGGAUCCAUGUCUGUCUCUAUUUCAUAACUCCUACUGGACAUUCUCUCAAGUCCCUGGACCUGGUGACCAUGAAGAAGCUGGACAGCAAGGUGAACAUUAUUCCUAUUAUUGCUAAAGCGGAUACCAUUUCAAAGAGUGAACUACACAAGUUCAAGAACAAGAUCAUGAAUGAGCUGGACAAAAAUGGGGUCCAGAUCUACCAGUUUCCUACAGAUGAUGAAGCAGUGGCAGAGAUCAAUGCUGUCAUGAAUGCCCAUCUACCAUUUGCUGUAGUUGGCAGCACUGAUGAGAUUAAAGUUGGGAACAAAUUGGUUCGAGCUCGGCAGUAUCCCUGGGGUAUCGUGCAAGUGGAGAAUGAGAGUCACUGUGACUUUGUGAAACUUCGAGAGAUGCUGAUCCGUGUGAACAUGGAGGAUCUCCGAGAACAGACACACAACAGGCACUAUGAACUUUACCGGCGCCAUAAGCUUGAAGAAAUGGGCUUCCAGGACACAGCUGCAGAGAGCAAGCCUAUUAGCCUCCAGGAGACCUAUGAAACUAGGAGAAAGGAGUUCCUAUGUGAGCUGCAGAAAAAAGAAGAGGAGAUGAGACAGAUGUUUGUGAAUAAGGUGAAGGAGACAGAGCUGGAGCUGAAGGAGAAGGAGAAGGAGCUUCAUGAGAGAUUUGAGACCUUAAAGAGGACCCACCAGGAAGAAAAGCGGAAGGUGGAAGAAAAGCGACGGCAACUGGAGGAGGAGAAAAUUGCCUUCAACCGGAGGAAGGCAGCUGUCGAGGCCAUGCAGGCCCAAGCCUUACAGGUCACCUCACAGCAGCCACUGAGAAGGGACAAAGACAAGAAAAAUUAAAGCACGUACAGAUAUACAUGUCGAACGGACUUUAGACUUUCAUGUGUUAAGUUGCUUGAGUUACCUACCACCUUGUGAUACUUCUCCCAUAACAUGGUGUGAGGACAGACAAACUGAGAGCCAAUACAGACUCCAGUGUUUACAGCAAAGGCUGAUUACUCCUCAUGGGGGCUGUGGCCUGUCAGACCCCACAGGCUGGGCUGCUCCCCAACCCCCAUGCAAAGACAAAAAAAUAAUCUAAUGUUGGAACUGAAACUGACAAGGUUUAUUUUUUUCAGAACCAGUGGUUGGUCUUCCAUUUAUAGUGUCACCAUCUCUUGAUGGAGCAGUUUGUGCCGAUUUAAUGAAGCCCCACGACCCCAGCUACGUUGUAUUUAACUGUUCAGAGUUGAGAUGGCUACUUACAAGGUGCCUGCCCUAGUGUAACCAAAUGAUUGGUAUAUGCGCUGUGCUGUGAGAUUCACUUGAAUUGCUUUAAUUUUUUUAAUCAUAGUUUAAUUUUCCUAAGAAUUUUUUAAACACUACUAAAUUUGUAUCUUGAUGCAAAUAAAGCCAAGUAAUUUCUUAUUACUUCUUACAAAUAAUACACUUCCCAUUAAAACACAACACUAAAAUUCUCUAAACCUUUCCUUUGUAUUAUUAAAAUAUACACAAAGAGAUGGGUAAUAAACUUAUAUUAUGACAGUACUUGGAAUUUCUUUACUGACAAAAAUGAUACAUACUACUAUUGGUAGUAUAGUUUUUACUGUUGGUGUAAAUGGAAUGGCAGAUAAUAAUAGUAUGUGACCAGUGGUACUUCUUGCGAAUGGAAGAAUAAUUAUCCCUGUGUCUUUUAAAAUUCUUGUCACUUGAAAUACAAAGUCUGCUCCAUAUACACCUAUAGAGAAGAAGUUAGUCAGCUAGAAGAAUAUUUCAGUAACAUUCCUUCUAAAGUUAUAAUUUAAUUUUCCUGACUGAAAUAAAGAAGAAAAAUUAUGAAGAUGCUGACUUAUACAAAUAAUAUGGGAAUAGUUAGAAGCACUUAUUUUUCUCAGCUAGCUGUGGAGACAGUGCAAUUUAGUUUGCCAGAUAUUGGAAAGAUUGGGAUUAAAACCCUAAAAAGAAAGGCACUCACACAUGCUAUUGGUUAUUAUGCUGAAAGGAAACAAAUGUCCUUUCUCCUUGGUGCCUUUAGAAUCUUUCAUUUAUUGUUUGGGCAAUGAUGGUUUUGUUUUGUUUUGUUUUUGCCAAUGUAGAGAUGUGGGCUUAUUGCAUAACUUUUAGUGUAUCAUCUUUAAAGAAAAAUAAAGUCUUUAUUAUUCCCUCUUUAUUUCCCCUUGCCUUCUCCCCUUCCCCCACUCCAUACACUCAUCUGGUCUAUUUUAACAAUUUCCAGAACAUAUUCUUGGGUUCCUCCUUGCUCCUAGGCAGGACAGUUUUCCACUUUUGGGGUGGUAUGAACAGUUCCUGGCUUUUGGUAUAUCUGUUCUCAGAAGUAGCAUCUUUGUAUUAGGAGAUAAGCUCACCCUGGGAUAGAACAGAUGUGCUAGUUCUCAAGUUAUCUGAGAGGAGAGAUUAGCUGUUUUUAUGAAUUUAUUAAAUUCACAUUGUUGUGAAAGUGGAAACCUUAUGAGAAAUAGGGCAAAUUUAUAUUAGACAAUCAUGGUAGGGUGGGGCUUGUUGCCUUUCCUUUAAUGUUUUAGAUCCAAUUCAAGAGUUUGCUGAGAAAAGACCAGUAUGGCUUGCCUCUCUCAGCUAAAUUUAUUGAGAAGUAGGAGGCCCAGUGAUUCAAUACAUUCACAGGUUUGUAGGAAAAAUAGAACAAUGUGUUUAUUACUAGAUAGAGAGUGGGUGUGAAUCUUGGGACUUGAAAAAGAGCCAGAAGAUCAGUCAGCAACUACUGACUGCCCUUGAGGCCAAAAAUACUGAGGUCUGGAAUGUGGAUAUCCAAGGAAAUGGAGAUAUAAAUAACUGUAUCCUGAUUGGCUGCCCACAAGCACAUGAAUUCCAGAUGUUUCUGACAUACAAAAAAAGGGAACUUUGAGGUUCCAUCUAGUUUGCCUUUGUUUUACGAAAUGUUAUUAACCUUACUUAUUACCUAUCCCUCAGCAAGUCAUACAUAUCAGCAUAAGCUUAUAUGUGUAUUAAUUUUUUUAUGCUUAUUUGGGUCUGGGUUUUUAUUGUUGAGUUUUUGAUUGGGUUUGUUUGUUAACUGAAACCAGACUAGUUAGUAGUCCUUGGUACAUGAGGUGAGUUGAAAAUUUAUGAUUUAUUUAACAAUCUAUCAUUAUGGUAUGUCACUUAUCCACAUGACUCUUAUUUCUUGACAUAUAAAGCAUUCCCUGCCCCUUCCAAAGGAUCAUUUGUGGGGAAUGAAUGUCCAGGGUUCUCCCUGCAUAUACCUAUUGGUUGGCAUUAUAAGGAUACUUUUGGGGAUCACCCUAGCUUUUCUUAUCAUGUUUUUUGUGACAUAAAUUUACAUGUAAAAUUAUUUUGGAUGAUUUGAAUUUUUCAGACUUUCUACACAUGUGUGUUGUGUAAAUGUGAAUGAGACAGUCUACAUUAAAUGUUAUGAGUGUUACUGGGUAAGGAGAAUGACUUUCUGAUUGUUAACAUUAACAUGCUUUUCCAGAUUGCUUCAUUCAUACAUUCA